GACCCGGAUUUAGUAACAUACAACACUUUGAUUGGUGCGUGUGGAUGGGGCCAACAAUGGAAGGCAGCUGUUGGUUAUUUGAGAAUGAUGCAACAGAAAUCUUACUUUGAUUACGACCUCAUCUCUUACACCGCUGCAAUCAGUGCAUGUGCGAAGGCAAGUGAGUGGGAGACUGCGCUGGCCUUAAUGAACGAGGAAUCUCGGCAGGUGAAAGGCGAAAACAUCAGGACCUACAAUGCUGCCCUCAGCGGAUGUGCUUCCGCUGGAAAGUGUGAACAUGCCAUGCUGCUGAUGGAACAGCUCCUGGAUUUCAACCUCUUCCCAAAUCUCAUGACUUACAGAUAUGCGAUUGCUUCCUGCGAAGAAAGUGGAGAGUGGGAGUUGGCCCUGGAUCUCAUGUCAGAAAUGAGCGAGGCGAAGUUCGAACCUGGCAACAUGAUCUUUCGAUCUGUGGCGAAGGUGUGUCGUGCUGGUGGCCGCCCUGAUGUGGCAGAAACCAUGGAGUCGAAGGUGAAAGACCUUCAGCCUGAAAGGGUGUAGCUGUGUAGCGCAUCGAAGAAAA